AUGGUUAAGACGGUCCCGAUUUUUAACGCCCAUCAACUCGCAUAUCUUGCCGUGGGUUUCUCUGUAAUCUAUAUUCUGGCAGUAAGAAAAUAUCGUUACCAACGAGCCCGCUCUGUUGAAACAAAAUAUUACCGAAAUGGACGUCCAUUGUCGGAGAUGACUGUCAAAGAAGCCCAUGAGGUGGUGCGCAAUCUACGGGAAUUGGAAUUUCCAUUCUCGAUGCAUCUCUCUAUGAAACUGUCUCUGCUAAAGACUGGUUCGAUUCCCACGAUGGCCAAGUUGUUUGUCGCAACGAGACAACUGAACGACAAAAAUGCGUCAAAACGUGCAGCAGAUACAGAAAUUAUUCUGAACGAGGUUCACGACAGAGAACCAGGCUCUGACUCCCAUCUACUUGGAAUUUCCCGCAUGAACUAUCUGCACGCCCGAUUCCGGAAAGCCGGCAAGAUUCUGGAUGAUGAUAUGCUACAUACUCUGGGCUCCGCUGUGCUCGAUAUUUUCCAGACCAUUGGCUCAAUCGAAUGGCGAGAUCUUACAGAUGUCGAAAAGUGUGCGAUUGGUGUUUUCCAUAAAGCUCUUGGUGACGCUAUGGAAAUUCCGUUCACCAAGCUCCCGUCACAAAAGGACGGUUGGAGAGAUGGGAUCCAUUUUGCUGAGGAGAUUAUGGGCUGGACAUUGCAAUACGAAAGGCGAGUUGCUGAGCCAACCAGCUCUACUCGCGAGAUCGGACGGCAGCUCAUGAAUCUGGCCACAUUCCAUCUUCCGUCUGGGUUGAAACAAUUUGGGGAGCAAAUGAUUGCUUCUAGGGUGGAGGGUUAUAUGCAGGAGAGUAUGGGGUUUCGGAAGCCAACAACCCUCCAUUACACUCUGAUGGGAGGAAUUUUCAACAUCCGAAAAUUUGUUUUACGAUAUCUAAGUUUUCCCCGGCCAGAGAGCAAGAAAGUUCACAUGCUCAGUAGCUCUCCAGACCCUGUCACCGGUCUGUACACAGCCAAUUUCUGGAUUGCCCAUCCUUGGUAUGUGAAGCCAACCUUUUCUAAUCGGUGGAGCUUCAAGGCAAUUUUGGCGUGGAUAACCGGUGGGCCUUCUCUGACAGACGGGAGUCCAUGGCGGGCGGACGGAUAUGACCUGAGAACUAUUGGCCCGACUGCCCAGGAGAAACGCGGAGCGGAUGAAAUGGAGGAUAUAUUCGCAGACUUGAAGAAGCAAGGAUAUGCUGGUGGAUGCCCGUUUCAUUCCUAA